AUGGCGAAUCCAGCGGACAACCUUACGCUCGCCAACGUAGCAGAUCUUGAUCGCGACGAUGCGCGUCGGGCUGUUGAAGCGGCCGAGGAGGCGUUCAAGACCUGGCGGUGCACUUCUCACCGAGAGAGACGCUGGCUGCUCCGACGUUGGGCAGAUCUCAUCCGAGCCCACAAAGAGGAUCUCGCGGCCAUCUGCACGAUGGAACUGGGCAAACCUUUUACGGAGUCCCUGGUGACUUACCUAAACGGGGAGACGAUUCCGGCGGCCAAGUCAAACAACCGCAUCUACUCCAUUCGCCAGCCGCAAGGUGUCGUCGCCGCCAUCACGCCGUGGAACAGCCCGAUCGCCAUGGUGACGCGCAAGGUGGGCGCCGCCAUCGCGGCCGGGAAUACUGUCGUGUGUAAACCAGCGCCCGAGACCCCGCUCUGCGCCAUCGCCAUUGCCAAGCUAUUCGAGCGCGCGGGAGGGCCUCCGGGGUUCUCAACGUCGUUCCUUCGAGUGCGAGCGGGGCCGCUGAGAUAG